AGGAGAUGGACUGGCCAGCCAACCUUGAUUUAAUAUGGAGAAUGUAAUGCUUAUGUAUUACCCUAUAAUAAUUAUGUGACGUUCUUCCUCCCCACACUGCCCCCACACACACAGAGUGGUUUAUGAAGGCCACCAGAUCGAGUAUGAUGCUGAUGGAGUUGCCACCGACAAAGAUGUCAUCUACUAUUUCAGAGUGGCUGCUGUGAAUGCCGUGGGCAUCGCCAUACAGUGUCUCAGUCAGCUAUACCAAGAAGAAAGCUUGUUUCCUGUGGGAUCCUAACCAGCGUCACCGGAGAGCCCACAUCACCAAUGGAGGCUACACAGUCAGUAUUGGGGAGAACGCCACCUGGGUGAGUGUGGGUGCCAACACCGUCCUCUCCCAUGGCUGCCACUACUGGGAGGUGGUCCUGGAGAAAUACGGAGCACCCUCUCUGUCCAGGAAGGCUGUCAUUGGUGUCGUCACUGCCGGGUUCCACCAGUGGCACAGGUCACACGGAGUCAUAGGGAUAAAGACGUGUCCCAUUGGGAACCGUUCGUGGGGCCUCCUCGCCUGCGGGACGGCAAAGAAACUUGCUCAUGGUAGCUAGCACCUUCUUCAACUCCCUCGGUCGCAAACACAACCUGUUCAGGGAGGGAGAUGCUGUGGGAGUCUUAUUGGAUCUCUCCCAACACAUGUCCUUCUACCGCAACGGGAAACCCCUGGGAAU